AGAUAAUGGAAGGCUCGACGUAAAAGAUCUAAGUAGUUCGAACAAAAUAUGUCUCCGUUGAGAAGGCUCGACGCAAAAGAUCAAAGUUCGAGCAAAAAAAUAUCCUCGUUAAGGGAUUACCCGAGAUGCGGCAUUAGCACCUGCUGUAAUCACAGGCGUUCUUGUUUUACAAAACAUGAAUUUUGCACUCAAAGGUGCAAACGCACUUUUGAAUGCAAAAAUAAAGGGUCAGCCACGGUAACUUACCACAAGAACGUAUAUAAAGUCUUUUUUAAUUUAUGUAAUACUUAUAAGUUACUUCUACUUAUUGUGUUUAACAGAUAAAAUCUCGUUUGGCUCACAAACAGAAUAGUCACCUAUAAAAACAUUAAAACAAGAUCAAUGUAAAAUCAUUCAAUUGGAAUUAGAAAUACAGAAAAAAAGAAAUAAAAAGUUAGAAGAAUUGAAUUUAAAAUUACACAACAAAAAUCAAAUACUGCGUAAUAUAAUACAAGAUCUGAAAGAAAAUAUGAGUUUUUUACCGAGUUCAUCCAUGGCUCAAUCAAAUGGAAGGCUCAACAUAGAGCAAAAUUUAAAUAAAAAGUCCCCCUUGAGGGAUUACUGCAGCGUUAGCAUCUGCAGUAACCACAGGUGUUCGUGUUAUACGAAGCAAGAAUUUUGCACUCAAAGGUGCAAAUGCACUUUUGAGUGCAAAAAUAAGGGCUCAGCCACGAUGGAAUCUCGUUUGGCUCAAAAACAGAGUAGAGAGCCACCUGCAAACACAUUAACGCAAAAACAUCAGCAACUCACUCGAGAAUUGGAAACGCAAAUAAAACAAAAUAAAGAACUAGAGGUAUUAAAAUUAAAAUUAAAAAAAUCAGAAGAAUUAAAUGUAAAAUUAUACAAUAAAAAUAAAAUACUCCAUAACAUAAUACAAGAUUUAAAAGGAAAUAUGAGAGUUUCUUGCCGACUGUUUAACGAACUAUUAUGA